AAAAAGUGACAAUUAAGUGCGUUGUGAGUUAAAAUAAUUCAAUCAUGGUUAUUUACGGUGUUUAUAUUGUAUCGAAAUCGGGUGGAUUGAUAUUCAAUCACGAUCACAAUGUUCCACGAAUUGAAAAUGAAAGGACGUUCAAUUUUCCUCUUGAUUUGAAGUUGAAUUACGAAAACAAGAAGAUCGUUGUCUCGUUUGGACAAAAGGAUGGCAUUAAUGUGGGUCACGUUUUAACUGCAGUAAAUGGUGGUCCUGUAGUAGGCCGUGAAUUGGAAAAUGGAAAAGAUGUAUUUGAAUUUCUAGAACAAGCAGAAAAUUUUCCUGUAUCGCUUCGAUUUAGUCGUGCCAGAAUGACAACUAAUGAAAAGAUUUUUUUAGCAUCAAUGUUUUAUCCUCUAUUUGCAAUUGCCAGCCAGUUAAGCCCUGAACCUCGUUGUUCUGGCAUUGAAAUUUUAGAGGCAGAUACAUUUAGAUUACAUUGCUAUCAAACACUGACUGGAAUUAAAUUCAUUGUAGUAGCGGAACCUACGCAAAGUGGAAUAGAAAUUUUAUUGAGAAGAGUAUAUGAACUGUAUGCAGAUUACGCCUUGAAAAAUCCUUUCUAUUCAUUAGAAAUGCCCAUCAGAUGCGAAUUAUUCGAGACUAAUUUACAAAAUUUAUUAGAAAAUGUUGAGAAAUCUGGCACUAGCAAUAUGUAAUGGAUAACAAGAUAAUUAUCUUACAAAGAACUUGUACAAAACUCGUGUUGAUUAAGCUAGAGGUUGUACUAGUUUGUAAAGUAUAAUAUGUUAAACUGUAAAUGAUAUUGAAUGUAAAUAAUCAAGA